AUGGGGUACCUGCCGUCCCUGAGCAGCAAGGCGGCGCACUUCGUGUCCGACCUCACCACGGUCAUCCUCAACCCCGUCUCCGAGCGCGAGACCUCCCACCUCCCCGAGGUUGACGAAGUGCAAGAAAAUUUGGAGGAUGAUAAAGAUUCUGAGCACAAUUCUGAUAGCCUUGAUGGCCCUGACACAUCUUCCUUUAGAGCAUUCUUGAUCUCGUUUUUGUCAUCGUCGAGCUCUAAUAACGAUUCAAUGGAAAUAAUUCCUGAGCAGAAUGGAGACAUGGGUUACCCUACUUUAACACCCAUGGGGAAGGGAAGCAAGGGAAGAACAGGUCUGAUAAGUAGGGGGAAGCAUUCCAUCGGAAAAAUCAUUAACAAGGCGGCAAGGAUUGGUGGUUUCAAACAAACAACUGCAGAGCCUAAAAUUGACAGGGAGGUAGUAACUCAUACUGAACCAGAUGCACCUGUAUUGGAGCGCCAGGAACCAAAGGAAGUUGCUUCCUUCAGUAGUUUGCCAACUAUGUCAGAACCAUCUGUUCUUUUGUCAGAACUGAUGCAAUCAAUUCUUUAUGCCUCUCUCCCGGUUCUUGCCCAGGGAAGGAACUGGGUCUUGCUAUACAGUACAUGGAGGCAUGGUAUAUCGUUAUCUACUUUAUAUAGAAGGAGCAUGCUUUGCCCUGGUUUCUCACUCUUGGUUGUUGGGGAUAAAGAAGGUACAAUUUUUGGUGGUUUAGUUGAGGCCCCAUUGCAGCCAUCCAGUUCAAAGAAGUAUCAGGGGACCAAUAAUUCCUUCGUUUUCACUAAUUUACACAAUCACCCUGUCAUAUAUCGACCGACAGGCGCAAAUAACUAUUUUACGGUGUGCUCCACUGACUAUAUGGCUCUAGGGGGAGGAGGUCAUUUUGCACUUUAUCUUGAUGCAGACCUCUUGACUGGUUCAAGUUCUAAUUCAGAGACUUUUAACAACGGGUGUUUAUCGCAUUCUCCAGACUUCUCAGUGAAAGAUGUUGAGCCGAAGCGCGAGGCCGGGACAUCGCCGCUUGGGUCGCAGAGCCGGAGCGCGGGGCCGGAGACACCGUCGCUGGGGGCACGGGGCCGGGACGCUCCUCUCCUUUGCCAAGGGCGGGGCGGACGCCAAGACGCCGACGCGCGCGUGGAUGCCGUGGCCGACGCGGACGCCAAGACCGCCAUCGCCGACAGGCCGGAGCUAUUCCGGGACCUCGUGCGGAUCCUCAGGGACGCCGCGUCGAUGGUGCGGGCCGGGGCCAUCCCGGCUGCUGCCUGUGCGGUGGGCGCGCCGUCGAUGGAGUCGGUGGGCGCGACUUACGAUGGCCGAGCUCCGACGAGCACCCGUCCGCGCCCGCCGCCGGACGCGUCCCGCGCCGUCGGCCUCGACACCUCCAGCGCCGCCUGGCCCUGCGCGCCCCGCCCCGCGAGCUCCGGCCGCCAUGGCCGCACGGCCGCGUGCGCCCCUGCGCGCGCUCGCCGCACCCAGGGCUGCGCGGUCGGGAGCAGCCUGGCCUGCAGCGGACGCCGCCGCUGCUGGCCGCGACGGCCUGCACAGCUGAGCCUCGCCGCCAUGCCAAGCCGGGAGCCGACCCCGUCGUCCGCGACCUCGUCAAGCCGACGUUCGGGCCCGCGGCCACGCCACCUCGAGUCCGCCUCCCGCUCCACGCGCUCACGGCGUACCGCGUCAAGUGCUGCACGCGCGCCGGCGCGCUAG